GGUGUGUGCGUGUGUGUGAAGGACGCCACCUCUCUCUGGAUCCUGCUUUCUCAGGCGGCGGGCGGCGGGGCUGCAAGCUCCGGCAGCGGCGGUGGCAGCAGCGGCGGCUUCCGGAGUCCCGCCGCGAAGAUGCUCAAAGUCACGGUGCCCUCCUGCUCCUCCUCGUCCUGCUCUUCGGUCACCUCCAGUGUGGCCCCCGGGGCUGGGAGCGUCGUCUUGGAUUACUGGAUCGACGGUUCCAACAGGGAUGCUCUGAGCAAUUUCUUCGAGGUGGAGUCGGAGCUGGGACGGGGUGCUACAUCCAUUGUGUACAGAUGCAAACAGAAGGGGACCCAGAAGCCUUAUGCUCUCAAAGUGUUAAAGAAAACAGUGGACAAAAAAAUCGUAAGAACUGAGAUAGGAGUUCUUCUUCGCCUCUCACAUCCAAACAUUAUAAAACUUAAAGAAAUAUUUGAAACUCCUGCAGAAAUCAGUCUGGUCCUAGAACUCGUCACAGGAGGAGAACUAUUUGACAGGAUUGUGGAAAAGGGAUAUUAUAGUGAGCGAGACGCUGCAAAUGCCGUCAAACAGAUCUUGGAGGCAGUCGCUUACCUACAUGAAAAUGGGAUUGUACAUCGUGAUCUCAAACCAGAAAAUCUUCUCUAUGCAACACCAGCCCCAGAUGCACCACUCAAAAUCGCUGAUUUUGGACUCUCUAAAAUUGUGGAACAUCAAGUGCUCAUGAAGACAGUAUGUGGAACCCCAGGGUACUGCGCACCUGAAAUUCUUAGAGGCUGUGCCUAUGGACCGGAGGUGGACAUGUGGUCUGUAGGAAUAAUUACCUACAUCUUACUUUGUGGAUUUGAACCAUUCUAUGAUGAAAGAGGUGAUCAGUUCAUGUUCAGGAGAAUUCUGAACUGCGAAUAUUACUUUAUCUCCCCCUGGUGGGAUGAAGUAUCUCUAAAUGCCAAGGACUUGGUCAGAAAAUUAAUUAUUUUGGAUCCUAAAAAACGGCUGACUACCUUUCAAGCUCUCCAGCACCCAUGGGUAACAGGUAAAGCAGCCAAUUUUGUACACAUGGAUACUGCUCAAAAGAAGCUCCAGGAGUUCAAUGCUCGACGCAAACUUAAGGCAGCCGUGAAGGCUGUGGUGGCUUCUUCACGCUUGGGAAGUGCCAGCAGCAGCCAUGGCAACAUCCAGGAGAGCCAGAAGACUAGCCAAGAACCUUCUCCAAUCCAAAGCAGCAGCGAGAACAUCAAAGCUAUGCCAGAAGUAGAGAACACCCAAGGAGAUGGGCCCCAAGUGGCCGUUGAGGGUGAAAAGGCUGAGCUGAUGAAGGUGCAGUCCUUAGAGGAGGUGAAAGAUGAAGAUAUAAAUGCUGAGGAAGUCCCCAUGAUGGAGCCCGAUGCUCUGGAGGACGAGAUAAAGAUUGCUGACCCAGAAAUGGAGGAGAGCCCAGUGGAAGAGAAACUGAAGACUGUGGAGGAAGCAGCAGACCCCAGAGAAGGGCAGGAAAACCCUGCUGUGGGACUUGGAGUUCCACAACAAGAUGUGAUCUUGCCAGAGUACUAAGUUGACUUCCUUUAGAUCCAGAAGUCAAACUCUGGCAUUUUAUGUGCUUUGUCCUUCAGCAAGGAAGGGUGUGGAAGCAUGAUAUGCACUAAUAGUGAUUCUGUUUUUGAGGUGCAAAAAAAAAUACAUAUAUACAAGUUGGUAAUCCUAACUUCAAUGCAUGUGACUGCUUUAUGAAAAUAAUAGUGUUUUCUAUGGCAUGUAAUGGAUACCUAGUACUGAUGAGUUAAAUUUGAAAUUGCAAGUAAACACAACCCUUAAAAACACCCAUUUUCAGCAACCAGUGGCAGACAUUUUAAGUAAAUAGUAGCAAAUUAAUUUUCCUUUGAAAACCUAGCCAUCCUACAUCCUUUGGUUUUCUUCACAAGGCAGUAAUUCCUUUGAACUGCUUCUCAGAUAAUACUAGGAGAUGCUAUAAAAUAUAUUUCCAUGGCCUUCCCAAUAUUUAUUUUUCAGCAUUAAUGUGUUCAAAACUGUUUACAAGGAAAUGGAUAUAUAAGUGAUAGUCAUACAGAAUGUGCAAAAAAUUCCAUUUACAAUGGUAAGAAAUUGAAGCAUACUUAUAAGGGCCAUGAACUCAUAUGCCCCUAAAGUUUAUGUGGAGAAUGUCCUCUUACUUAUAUACACCAUAUCAAAAAAAAUCAAAAUGUUAUUAAUAAUUAAUUCUGCCAUUAAUUCUGACAUUUUAACAAUCCUAGAGAAAGUAUUUUACACACACAUGAUGAAUUUCAUUCUUCCCUUCACCUAUUAUCCAAUAAGAUGCUCUUCACGUAGAGAAAAUUAAGGAAGAAUUAAGAAAAUUAAAGAAGAAUAAAGAAUAAAGAAAAUCAGGGAAGGAAAGGGGUAACAUAGAAUUAAUUCAUUUUCAUUUUCAAAUAAAAUUCAUGAAUUUAUAAAACCUAUAGAUAGAAACAUUUUUAUGGAUAAAUCUAUAAUUACAAAGUUUCAAAUAUUUAGAAAAAAACUAUUCCACAAAUUGGUGACAAAAUGUCUGAAUAGAGUAGAUCAUUCAUUAUUGACUUUACUAGAAAAAGACAAUUAUUGUAUAUAAAAACUUUCCCCUCCAAUUGACAAUGUCUAGAUAAAUUCUUUAUAAGAUUAAAGAUACUUAUGAAAUAUAGUAUAUCUUUUUCUCACACUUGGAAUGAAAGUGCCCACAUUUUGGAAUGUAGCGAAAAAGUUUUUCAUGUCAAGAAAUUUAGUGCACAAAUUUUUAUUUGCCUUAAAAAGUGAACAAAAAUGAAGAAAACACCGAUUUCAAAUCAUACUCUUGAGAAGCUAGAAUCUAAUAUUUUAUUAUAAUUUGUAUCUCCAGUGUAUUUUUCUCCGACUUUAAUAGCAGAACCAUUUUUCCCUUAAAGAAAUUACACUGAGUCCAAGUACCUCGAAUUUAUUUCUAGUUUGAGUUGAAAUUAAUAUUUUACCAAAAUCUUGCAUAAUGUAAUAUAAUACAUUUGUGGUGGGUUUUAAUAAUUUUAAAAAGAAUAAUUUUCAAAGUCCGAAAUGAAAACCAUAAAAAUGACCAGCAUAUAAAAAUUCUCAUAAAAUAAAGAGAUCUUAAUUUCUUUUGGCUCCUCCUCAAAACCAUUACUUUGGAAAACAAAGUCUCUGUGGCUACUGGAGGUUAUUGGAUCUCAGUGUACAUUUUGCAUUCCAAGCACAAAUCUCCUAUUCUCAGAGAAAGGAAAUAAGGUAAGGCUUCUGGUAUUCCAUAGUUUAGGGAUCUGAUAGGUCACAGCCAUAGAGGAAAAGACUCUGAAGAAGCACAUAAUCUGAGAUCAGAUGAUUAUUUUUUUUGUUUUAUUUUUAUUAAUAGUACUUGUCCUCUUCUUCCCUCUUUUAUUCCCUCUUAGAAUUAAAAUUUUGGUUGUUAUAAAGGGCUCACUUUUUAACUUGCAA